AGAGCCGCGGGGAGAGCCGCGGGGAGAGCCGCGGGGAGAGCCGCGGGGAGAGCCGCGGGCAGCGCUUGCCGCAGCUCAGAACGAUCCGCCCGCCGCUCCGUAAGAUCUGGUCCAUGUAGGAGUGAGUGGCGUGUGAAGACCGCUGGACUUCUGGAGGUUGUUGUGGAGUCCCAGCAGAGAUCCUUUUGAGGAACCCCAAAGGCCUUAGUGGCAAUGCUGCUGCUUACCAAUCCUCAGACUACGAAAGGUCGCUACUAAGGGACCUGUGGACUCCCAGAGAACCUGCGGACCCUGCUUGAGUGACCUGUUGGGUCACAGUCCACGGGAUCCGUGGACUCCCAGAGAACCUGCGGACCUGCUGGAGUGUCCGGUUGGUCACAGCCCACAAGACCCGUGGACUCCCAGAGGACCUGUGGACCCGCUUGAGUGACCUGUUGGGUCACAGUCCACGGGAUCCGUGGACUCCCAGAGAACCUGUGGACCCUGCUUGAGUGACCUGUUGGGUCACAGUCCACGGGACCUGUGGACUCCCAGAGGACCUGUGGACCCUGCUGGAGUGUCCGGGUGGUCACAGCCCACAAGACCCGUGGACUCCCAGAGAACCUGCGGACCCUGCUUGAGUGACCUGUUGGGUCACAGUCCACGGGAUCCGUGGACUCCCAGAGAACCUGCGGACCUGCUGGAGUGUCCGGUUGGUCACAGCCCACAAGACCCGUGGACUCCCAGAGAACCUGUGGACCCUGCUUGAGUGACCUGUUGGGUCACAGUCCACGGGACCUGUGGACUCCUAGAGAACCUGUGGACCUGCUGGAGUGUCCUGUUGGGUCACAGCCCACAAGACCCGUGGACUCCCAGAGAACCUGUGGACCCCGCUUGAGUGGCGGUCUGGUCACAGAUCACGGGAUCCGUGGACUCUCUAUGAGAGUCUCCACCCUCAAAGUCUGUCGUGAGAGUGCCCGCGAUGUCUCCUCGCUGGGCCUGCUGCCUUCUCCUGUCCGCAAUCAUCUCCGCCAUCAUCUUCUGUAUCGGCCUCCGUCUCCUGCGGGAAGGCCAGCUGGCGGUGGGCACGUGCGAGGUGGUGACGCUCUCCCACGACGAGGUGGAGUCGCGCCGGGCCGUCUCCACCCAGACGGCGCGCUGUGCUUGCCGGCGGGGACAGGUGGCAGGCACCACGCUGGGACAGCCGGCAUGCGUGGACGCCCACGUGGUGCGCGUGCGUGCGUGGUGCGACAUGCGGCCGUGCGUGGCGGGGGAGCAAUGUCGCCCGCUGCGGGGCCGGGCGGGCUGGACCUGCAGCCGGCCUGGGGGGCGGCUCAAGACCACCACGGUUUCGUGACCCCGUGUGCCGGCACCACAGCUCCUGUUUGAGGAGCUCCGCGCCUCUCGCCAACCCGGUCGCCUCUGUCUGACGGCCGGCAGUAGCCCCGGACGUCGUCUCCAUGGCGACCCCGAGCGCCAGUCCACGGAAGACAAAGACAGCAGCGGUGACGAUGAUGACGACGAUGAUGACGACGACCCCGAGGAGGAUGGUGGUGCUACGUCAUCAUCAAUUUAACAUUCUCAGAACCCACGCCUGUUGCCACGGCGAUGAUGGUGGCGAUGAUGAUAAGGAUGGUGGAGGAUGUUGGAGGAUGGUGGUGCGGUGUCAUCGUCAACGGCAUGGACGAGUAACUCAGGACCCACGCCUGUUGCCACGGCGAUGGUGAUAAUGGCGAUGAUGGGGGUGAUGAUGGUGAUGAUGGUGAUGGGGGUGAUGAUGGUGAUGAUGGCGAUGAUGGCGAUGGGGGUGAUGAUGGCGAUGAUGGCGAUG